AUGCGCGAUUCAAAUCCUGAUGAAAACACUUUAGUUGUUGACGAAGGAGACUAUCCGGAGAUCGCUGAUCCAAGAAGGUGGCUACCGACGACUCAGUCUGACAGUAGGUUUCCAAUGUUAAUUAUAUCAAGGUGCAACUGUGAACUUGGUGAUCUUUACGAGAUUGGCUGUACAUUUUAG